CGGGGUUCGUCUCCCACUUUCCUCAACUUUUUGUUUGGUCCCUCCCUCUGGGAAGGCCCCGGGGCGGGCGGGAGCCGGGUCCCCCCUUCCACCCCCCCACCCCCCCGCCAGAGCGUGGACGCGGGCGGAGGCGGGAUCCUGGAGUGCCAGGACCUGGUCCCAAGCAACUUCCCGCGCCCUGGGACAUUCGGACUGUGUCUCCAAGUUUCGGCCUCCCUGGGGUCCCCAGCGUCGACUCACGCCCUACAGAGACUUGGGGUCUCUGAGCAUGUCUUCAUCUCUGCACGCCUCCGACUCCCUCCCCUCACUGAGGGUAGCACUGGGGCUCAGGGGUGACCUUUCCGGAGUUGGGACUGGGCGCCAGCUCUGGCCUGGGGCGGGGUAGUCACUUCGCCAGCUUGGGGUUGGGGAAAGGACUCCACAUUCAGAGACAAGGGGGAAAGGGGCCUCGUCUCCUGCCAGGAAGCUCCCGUGGCUGUGCUGAGAAGUGCCCAGCGCUGGGCUAGGUCCAGAGGCUCGGCGUCGGUCCUGGUGGAGCUCCCCGCCUUGGGUGGCGGUGUGACUCCAGCAGGCUCCUCUCUGGGCUGCAGUCGCCUGCCAUCUGUGAAAAAGCAGGCUGUAGACGCGGUAGACGCUGCGGCUCCAUGCUAGGCCCUGGGAUUUCAACUCUCCUGUCGGUGGCAGGGAUGGAUGUCCUGGUUUGAGCUUCAGGGGUGCGGAUGGGGAGUAGGUGGGAUAGCAAGGCCUCCUCCCUGGGGCCUAGGGGCGGGUUCCAGCGCUGGAGCUGUUUAGAAACCAGAUUGGGGGUGUGAGGACGCGCCACUGGACCGCAGGUCCUAACCCCCCUCUCCUGAGGCUCCAGGCGCCUGGGCGGGGCCCCCGUUUCCUCCCACACCCUCUCUUCCCUGGGAGCCACACCACACGCAGCCUUGUUACUCCUGCCCCGGCCUGGAUCCAGUCCCCAGGUCUCGGGCCAGGUCGGACCAGCAGCCGGGAGGGGCUUCAGCGGGGAGGCCCGGACUCUGAGGCGGCCCGAGGCGGAGGGGCGGUGCUGCUCCGGCCGGGACGCGGGCCAUUGAGGCCUCGGGCGGAGGAGGCUGGAAAGGAGGCCAGGCGGCGGGAAAGGGGGAUGAUUCAUCCCGAAGAGCCCGAAUUGGAAACGCUGCAACCUGGGAACAGCCUUGUCCCGGCCGACGGGAGAGCCAGGAGGGGAGUCCGUUGGACAAAACCCUGCACCGGGCCCCGCAGCUCCCCGCCUCCUGCCCGCCACAGCCCGGCUGCGGGGGCACCGGGCAGCCUCUUCCGUUCGGAGUUUAAAGAAACCCUGGGCAAUGUCAGCCGCUGGUCGUGGUCAGAGCGGUCCUCCUGGAGUCUUGCUCAAGUCUCUCCUGCUGCAGCUUCUGUGCUGACUGAGGAGGCCUGGAAGGAGGCGGCGGGCGGGAGGAGGCUGUAGUCAGGGACACCCCCUCCUUCCUACGCUGCGAGCGCCCAAACGACGGCAAGAUGACGGCCGGGAGCCCCGGAGACUGCGGGGAGGCGCGGAGGAGCCCCGAGGGCCGCGUCGCUCGCCUGGGCCGCCGCCUGGGCCGCCGCCGGCUCCCGCGCUCCCCUCCCGAGCCUCUGAGGGUGCGGGCACGGCUGCGGCUGCGCUCGCCGUCGGGGGCCUUCGCGGCGCUGGGGGCGCUCGUGGUGCUGGUAGGCAUGGGCAUCGCAGUGGCCGGCUACUGGCCGCACCGCACCGGGGCCCCAGGGCCCCGGGCUGCUAAUGCCAGCGCACCCCCCGUGAGCGAGCUGCGACGUGAGGGUCGCGGGGCCGGCCGGGCCCAUGGCCCGCACGAGCGGCUGCGGCUCCUUGGGCCGGUGGUCAUGGGCGUCGGUCUGUUCGUGUUCAUCUGCGCCAACACGCUGCUCUAUGAGAACCGCGACUUGGAGACGCGACGGCUUCGCCAAGGAGUGCUGCGGGCUCAGGCGCUCCGGCCCCCUGACGGCCCGGGCUGGGACUGCGGUCUCCUUCCCAGCCCCGGUCCCAGGACUCCCCGAGCCAUAGGCUGUGCAGAGCCAGAAAGUUGGGACCUGUCCCCGCGUCAGGGUACCUCACCUGUCCCGUCAGUGCGGAGUCUGCGUUCAGAGCCUGCUAAUCCUCGCUUGGGGCUACCUGCCCUGCUCAACAGUUACCCGCUGAAGGGCCCGGGGCUGACCUCACCCUGGGGUCCGCGGACCCAGACUGGCCAUGUGAUUAUCACCGUGCAGCCCUCUGGUUCCUGCAUUGAACACUCCAAGUCUUUGGAUCUGGGCCUUGGAGAGCUCCUGCUUGGGGCCCCAGCGGCUCGGGACUGUGCUCACCGAAGCUGGCCACGUCUGGACCGCCUCAGUCUGGGGGGUUAUGCCAAGUUGGGAGGAGGCGGGGAUUUGGGGGCCCGGGUUUGAGGAGCAGGGGACAACCUGCUAUGAGGCUGCAGCAUGGACCAUGGUAACAGAACCAGGAGUCCCAACGUCUAGUAGAUGCUUCCGUCACGUCCCAGGCUGGGAAAUGGAUGCACUGGCCCCAGCAGCUGCUAAGGCAUCCUGAGAAAUGGCAGAGAAAUGCCAACUGCACAAAGUUUCAAUAAGCUGGAGAGAAUGUGUUUUAAUGUGGAGUCUGGAGACCAGCAAUGACUCGGCCUCAGGAAUUCCUUCAGCCUUCCAAGUGGCCUUAACCUUGGACAGGUACCUGUGGGGGCUGGAGGUCCAGGCCAGGGUGAUUGGGAGAUGCACCUGGUGUCUUGGCAAACCCAAAGUGGUGGGCAAGGAGCCCUAGGACUUGGGAGGCAGGUUGAGCUGUUACAAGCUGGGACAGGCUCCCUCCAAGGUGGCACUGGUGAUGGGGUUUGGACCUCUGGGAAGAUGGGCAAUGGGGUAGAGUUGAGACCCUUCACUGCCAUCUGGGAUGGGGACCCCUUUCUUUCCUCAGCCAUGCAGGGUACAUCCCACUAGGGCUACUCUACUGCCAAUGCCUUCAUGCUGAGGGUGUAGUCUCUCCCCAAAUAGGUCGGAGAAGCCCCCUUCUCUCCUUUGUCAUGAUCUAUGCUGCAAAUGUUCCUCCAGUUGGCAAAAAGCAUUUGCCAGUUCUCAGAAAUCCUUUUAUACAACGUUGAAGCUGCAUUUUGGCCAAUGUGGGUAGCUUACUUUAGAAAAUGGUUUGAAUUUGGGUCUGAAAUUUCCCAAAUUGUUGGUAGGGGAAGAGAACUUUAAAAGUCGAUCAAUCCUCAGAUUCAGUCCUUUUUUUUUUUUUAAAGUUUAUUGAAAAAUGCAGUACAAGAAGCAAGACCAAACACAUAUCUGAACACUACAGCCACUUCUCUUACUACAAAA